AUGCAGCCCCGGCUCUUCCACUGCGCUGCACGAGCAGCCAGGACCCCUGCUCUAUCGUUGCAGCUUCGCAUCUUCCGCUUCUAUGCCUCACCGUCAUGCGACACCUCCGCCUUUGCGCGCCGCAAUGCUUGGAGGGCAUUCGGCUCGACCCCAAACAACCUUAUCCAGGAAAGACCGGUCAUGAGCUCCAGUUCGCAACCAGCAAGCGAGUUGAACAACAACAUCACCCAGGAAGAGAACGAAGACUUCGACCAGAGAGUCGCAGAGGACAAGGGAAAGCAGAUCCGCACUCCAUGGCAUCGAGAAGGCUCAGACGUACCACCUGUUGGCCGCCUGCGCUCAGCCGGUGCCAUGACAAAAGGCAAAUUACUCACAACACCCAGCCGAAUGCUGAAAUUGAUCCUUCCACUCACGACCAAAGAUUACAACAGCGACCGUAAAGACGUCGAGCCUCUCGCGCUCCUUGUCCACCCCCAGCAACCACUCUCAUACCUCGAGCGCCUGAUUCAAUCUGAGCUCCCCACGGUGAGUAGAGAAGGAAAGGAGAGGAUACCAGAGGUCUAUUUUCGGGCCGAGGAUUCAACACAAGACUCGCUCGAUCCCGCGAAGAAGACCAAAGUCCACGACCCGAAGAAGAGUGACGACGACGACCAUAUCGACACCCCUGACGAGCUGAGAAUCGACGGCGUCACCCACAAAACCGGCAAACUUAACCGCAAGUCUAAGGCAGAGGCCAAUCGUCUUCGGGGCGGCGCCGGCGAAGGUGGUGUUGAAUCAUACAGUGGCCUCGGCCACGAAGCCCCCACCGAUACCGAGGCAGAGCGACGAUUCGUACGCUGGUCCAAGUCGACGGAAAUCGGCGACUUCAUUCGAGAUGCAGCACGCGGCCAGGAAUUUGCCAUUGAAAUUGAGAGCGCGCCGCACGACAUUAGAGUCGGUGUUCCCAGCUUCAACGACCGCACGUACUAUUUGCGCAUGCGUCUACGCUCGACCAGCAAGAAGAUCGCAGACCUGGCAGACAUCAAGAAAGAAUGUGACCAGCUCGCUCAUAAGGGAGCCCAACGUGUCGCGCUUGGUGGGCUGGGUCUCGUGGUUGCAUGGUGGGGAACCGUCUACAAGCUCACGUUUGAUACCGAGUUGGGCUGGGAUGUCAUGGAGCCCGUGACUUAUCUUGUUGGGCUCAGCACUUUGAUUGGCGGUUACGUGUGGUUCCUCUACCACAACCGCGAGGCAUCCUACCGAUCAGCCAUGAACAUCACCAUCUCACGUCGCCAGCAAAAGCUAUACAAUGAGCGCGGCUUCGAGAUGGAGAAGUGGCAAUUUUUUAUCGAGGAAGCUAAUGCUCUUCGGAAGGAGAUCAAGCUGAUUGCCGACGAAUAUGAUGUCGAAUGGGACGAGCUGGCGGAUGAGAAGCACCAGAAGGUCGUCGAGGCAUUGCGUAAGGAACGGAGAAAAAAAGAGAACGGAGGCAAGAAAGAUGACAAGGAUGGCGAUGACGGUGACGAUUAA